GUUGACAGCAGCCAAGGUUGGUUGAGUGACUCACCGGCGUUUGAGUCGACGCCGAUCUGAGGAGAAUAAUAACCGUCACUUUCCUUUCGUUUUUACUGUCAGUUUUAAAUUAAAACUAUCUUAUAAUCAUCAGAAAAGUAUGUAUUUGAUAUCCUCAUGACUGUGAGUCGCGUCAAGAGAUGAAAAAAGCGAGGAAGCGACUGCCGGCGAGCGGAUCGCAAGCGUCUGUCAGGAAACAUGAAGAACAGUUGCCCUGGAAGAAACAGAAGCUCCUGGACAUCCAUCAGGCCCUGAACAGCGACCCCGUGGACAUCGAGACCCUGCGGCGGGCGGCUCUGAGCGAAGGCGGUUUGCUGACGGAUGACAUUAGAAGAAAAGUUUGGCCCAAACUCCUCAGUAUCAAUGUGUACAAUCUGCCUGCCAAACCCUCCAAAGAUGUCAGAGAAGACCACAGAGACUACAGACAGGUGGUGCUCGAUGUCAGGAGAUCAAUGCGACGCUUCCCAAAAGGCAUGCGUGUGGAUGAGCGAGAGGUUCUCCAGGAGCAGCUGAUCGACAUCAUUCUGGAUGUUUUGAGGAGAAAUCCUCAGCUGUACUAUUACCAGGGUUAUCAUGACAUCGUGGUGACCUUCCUGCUGGUGGUGGGAGAGAGGAUGACCAUCGCAAUCAUGGAGAAACUGUCCAAUCAUCAUCUCAGGGAUUUCAUGGACCCCACCAUGGACAGCACAAAGCACGUCCUGAACUACCUGAUGCCCAUUCUGCAGCGAGUGGACAGGGAGUUACAUGACUUCAUGAUCAGGUCUGAGGUGGGCACCAUCUUCGCCCUCAGCUGGCUGAUCACAUGGUACGGUUACGUCCUGUCAGAUUUCCGGCAUGUUCUGCGGCUCUAUGAUUUCUUCCUGGCGUCUCACCCACUCAUGGCCAUCUACUUCGCCGCUGUGAUUGUGUUGUACAGACAGAAGGAAGUGAAGAGCAGUGAGUGUGAUAUGGCCAGCGUUCAUCACCUGCUGUCUCAGAUGCCUCAGGAUCUGCCGUAUGAGGAGCUGAUUGGUCGAGCUCAGAGCCUGUUCAUGAGCUGCCCGCCCUCUCUGCUUACCCAGUCUGCAGCACUUCAGCCACGUAACAUAAUCGCCAUCAGCACCUUUACAGACUUCCAGACGUCCACGCUGAGACAGCGGCCCGACUCUGUCCUUCGUCAACAGACUGAAAAGCGGCAUGAAAACCAGCUAGCCCUUCCCAAGAGCACCCAGCCAGCAAGCACUAACCAACUCAUCAAAAUGGCAGUGUGGGGUCUGUCGGCCACGUUAGGAGCGGCGGCGCUGGCCGUGGCACAAACCGCCAUGGACUGGGCACCUGAGUUUCUCUCGCAGCUCUUCUGACACCAAACGCCUCGCUCCCGUGUGCCAAACAGGGUGUUCUGCAAUUGCAAAUAUGUCUUAAGUGAUGCAGAACACCUGGAGAGAAUGAAUCUGCUGCCUAUUUAUUUCCGAACCGUGCUUUUUUUUUUUUUCUUAUUUAUAGAUUUAAGCCGUGCUAAUAUUGGAGAAGUGGGAGGAGUCAAACGAGGUUUUUGUAAUCAUAAGCAUUUCUGGAUGUCGUUCCAUCAGCAGAAUGUCAGAGAAAGUGCUCUGCUAGGCCGUUCUCAACAGCACAAAUUAUUAAAAGGGUGUUUUUUUCUGCUGAAUGCCGUCAGUAGUGAGUGAAGCUCAUUAAGAGGAGAAAACGGGUGAAGGCUGAAAGACCACAGAGACUCGCUGGUGAACGCAGCACUUUACAACACAGUUUAUUCUAGAGCCAGAUCAACCUACACACACGCUUUCAGGAUCCACGGCUCACUUUCAGGUCCAUCAGAAAUAAAACAGUGUCCUCUGUGCACAGAUUAUA